CGCGCCCCCAGCCCGCCCGCCCCCGCGGGCCCGUCCUGGCGCGGCCGCCCGCCGCCGCGCUCCUCCUCCUUCUCCUCCAGCGCCCGGCGGCCCGCUGCCUCCUCCGCCCGCCGCCCCGCGUCCCCCGCCGCGCCGCCGCCGCCACCCUCUGCGCCCCGCGCCGCCCCCCGGUCCCGCCCGCCAUGCCCGGCCCGGCCGCGGGCAGCAGGGCCCGGGUCUACGCCGAGGUGAACAGCCUGAGGAGCCGCGAGUACUGGGACUACGAGGCUCACGUCCCGAGCUGGGGUAAUCAAGAUGAUUACCAACUGGUUCGAAAACUUGGUCGGGGAAAAUAUAGUGAAGUAUUUGAGGCCAUUAAUAUCACCAACAAUGAGAGAGUGGUUGUAAAAAUCCUCAAGCAACUCUACCAGAUCCUGACAGACUUUGAUAUCCGGUUUUAUAUGUAUGAACUACUUAAAGCUCUGGAUUACUGCCACAGCAAGGGAAUCAUGCACAGGGAUGUGAAACCUCACAAUGUCAUGAUAGAUCACCAACAGAAAAAGCUGCGACUGAUAGAUUGGGGUCUGGCAGAAUUCUAUCAUCCUGCUCAGGAGUACAAUGUUCGUGUAGCCUCAAGGUACUUCAAGGGACCAGAGCUCCUUGUGGACUAUCAGAUGUAUGAUUAUAGCUUGGACAUGUGGAGUUUGGGCUGUAUGUUAGCAAGCAUGAUCUUUCGAAGGGAACCGUUCUUCCAUGGACAGGACAACUAUGACCAGCUUGUUCGCAUUGCCAAGGUUCUGGGUACAGAAGAACUGUAUGGGUAUCUGAAGAAGUAUCACAUAGACCUAGAUCCACACUUCAACGAUAUCCUGGGACAACAUUCACGGAAACGCUGGGAAAACUUUAUCCAUAGUGAAAACAGACACCUUGUCAGCCCUGAGGCCCUAGAUCUUCUGGACAAACUUCUGCGAUACGACCAUCAACAGAGACUGACUGCCAAAGAGGCCAUGGAGCACCCAUACUUCUACCCUGUGGUGAAGGAGCAGUCCCAGCCUUGUGCAGACAAUGCUGUGCUUUCCAGUGGUCUCACGGCAACACGAUGAAGACUGGAAAGCGACGGGUAAUGCGGCAUUGAUGCUUGCCAAUAAAACCAACCAACCAAACACAAACCUUGAAGGAAAACUACAGUGUGAUAAAAAGAAAUUCUUAUCAUUCCUUCUAAAUGCAAAGAAGAGUAAAGACCUAAAAGUCUGUCAAAAAACAAGAAAGAAACUCCCCAGUGCUAGUCUCCAGGGAGCUGUCACUGUGGCAGCAUGGGGACGCACCUAGUUCAGGAUCUGAAGGAGCUCUGCCUUUGGAAUGCAUGGGAGAUAGAGACUCGGAGUUGUUGUACAUUUACCUUUGUUUAACAGGGCACCACUGUUGAAUUAACCCAUUCAGUCAACAAGCUCUGAAUGUCUGACUUCCUAUCUAUUCCAUUGUGGUCUGGGUUUCCUUUGGUGAAAUUCAGGCUCAAGUCUUAGCGAAAUGUCAGCAGUCUAUACUGACACACCAGCCUCAUUUACAAAAAGGAGAUAUUAAAACAGUGACGGUAUUUUUUUUUAAGCUCUUUACAAAUCCAUGUUUUAUGUAUUUUUUAAUGACAUGAGCUCUCCAGGAAAUGUACCUCAUCCCCGCAGUUUUCCUCCAAGUGGAUUCAUUUGGGAGCAAACUGCAGUCACUUUCACAAGAGUCCUCUUUGAUGUCAGGAGGGAUCAGGAAACCUUGCAAUGCCAUGAACUGGUCCAUGGUUAUCAUCAAAAGUUCCAUGCUAAGUGCAUAACUUGGAGCUCACUGUAACCUUUGUUGAUUUGCCUAACCAUAAAAUCUUGUUGCUAUUUUUCUGUUGCUUUUUUUUUUUUUGGAAGCCUUGUAAGGAGAACUUCACCAUUUCCCAGCACAUCUCUAUGUGUGCACCUAUUUUAAUGCACCUCUCUGAAACAGAGACCUUUUUGUUCACAACCAUAACUAAAGCUGGAAAGUCAGUCUUCAGGCAAGGCGAGGGAGGAAAACAUCCCAUUAGAAUUUUUUCAGGAAAGACUUACCGAAAAAAAUCUCUCUCUCCCACCUCCUUUUAUCCCCAUGAGACACAGUUUCCCACUGUAAUCAGGGUAAUAUGCAUUUGUAAGUUCUGAUAUGUGAUACAUUUAUGUGAUGGCAAAGAUAAGUCUGUCUUGCAUGCAGGUACUAGAGUUGUGUGGGCAGGGUCAUCUGAAACUCAAGCAACUGAGAGGAGUAUACAAGGGGCUUGGGGAAGAAAAUGGUGCUCCCGGAGCAAGUGUUGGAUACAUUGUGCAAACCUUCAUGUUAGCAGAGAAAGCUAGAGUUUGUUUAAACAAAAAUAGGGCUGAUUUCAUUUUGGGGACUCAGCAGCAACAUGGUUUGUAGGCAGUCCCCUCACCCCAGCUGCAGGGCCAUGCCACAGCUCUGGGGACUUCACACACCUAGACUAGAACUAGAGGUGUCUACCACAUCACCCUUUAGGAUUUCUUUAUUAACUAUUUAAUAAUGCCAUACAUUUUUAUAAGGUUAGAUGUUUGUUUGAAACAUUUGUUUACAUUCCAUAUUCCAAUAAAAUCUUAUUGGUAUUGGUAGCAGGUCCUAUCUCUAAAUGUAGAUUCUAUUUUUGUCGUUUGGUCUGUGGGAACUUAAAAUACAAAUGAAACUCUUCUCUUAUUAUAGAGUUGAGUUUAUAGAGUAAAAAAUAAAUAAGAUCCCAAAGCCAAGAAAUGCAUUCAGUUAAGGUUCUCAUACCAAUGCUGCCUGCUUGCAUUGCACAUUCUGUAUACUAAUGUAAACAUUUGUUCUACCUGAAAAUCAAAAGCAAGAUGUGAGCUCUUGGCUAAACCUAUAUUGAUAUGUCAGGCAGCAAAACUCAGUGUUUGAGAUUAUCAAAAGCCUUCUAAUGUGCCUUUACAGGCAAUCCUGAAGCAUUGGUUAUCAUCAGGGAGAUGUGCCACUGCGUGUCUUUCCUGCUCCCCCUCUAAUCUCCUUUAUCACCCUACUCCUCAGCCCUCCCUUUUUUUUUUUUUUUUAAGUUGCCUGUCUGGACCAGGCAAGAGGAGCCUACUGGAGGGUCUUGGUGAAGUGGUAACUCCAUUCCUUUCCCUUGGGUCCCCCAAAGGUAAUAAAAGUACCUGGAGGAGAAGAGUCAGGUGAUUGACCUCUGCCUGUCUCUUUGACGAUGAUGUAGGUGCAGACACCGCCUGCCUGCCUUGUCCUGGGGUUUUGUAACUGCAGCUUUGACACAGGCAUUCUUCCUUUGAAGCACACAGCUUGCUUUUCCAACACCUAGACUUUUACCUCUCUUCAUGCCUUAGACUUAGAGCAUAACUGGGCUUGAAAUGCUCACCCCUUCCUGGGUCUGGUCUUGGCACCUAGGCCAUUCUUUUCCAAACUGAAGUGAGUCCAGUUUCAGACCAUCUCUUUUCUUGUCUCCAAAAACCAUUUUUGUUUCCAAACCUAGCUCCCCUGAAAUUUUAAGACUAUUUACCUAGAUUCGGAGAUGGUCUUGGAGAGUUCCAAAAGGGGUGUGUGUGUGUGUGUGUCUGUGUGUCUAAUAUUUAGACUAAACCAUGGUAAAUGUACGCACCCAGUAUUCUUUUCAGUUAGCAUAUUCUUUCUUAAACUCAUCUCAGUACUUUUCAUUUGUUUGCUUCAUUAUCUUAAACAGGUUAAAAGUGCCUAUGAUAAGGACUUAAUUAUUUCCUAAAGAAAAGCAAAAAAUGUGGGGAACAGGGUAGUGUUAUACUAUCAUCUCAGGUACUGCCUAUGUUCAAGAACAUAGACCUGGUAUGGUGAGAACAAAAGGUUCCUAUGCCAAAUCCAGAUGGCUAUAUCAUUUGUUGGCUACAAGUGAGCCUGACUGCAAGGUUUGCUUCUGCUGAGAAAUCCCAUGGUGAGAGUAGAACUCAUGAAGUGCUGAGUCAUAUUUGCACCUCUGGUGUGGUGGCAGUUCACUCUCCCCUGGAUGCUGUCAGCUGGCCUCGCUUUCGUCCUAUCCCUGUAGGCAGGGUAGGUGGCUGGGUAGGAGAAGCGAUUGAGUGUAUGAUGCAGACCAAGCUUUCCUGGGCCUUCUCACCAACUAGAGAAGCGCUGAUGUCAUUCACUGAGGCACUUAAACACCAGUCACUCAGCCAGGCCUCCUCCCAGACAUUCUGUAACAUGUCAGCACUCACAAGGUUUAAAGCAAAUGUGUUCCCUUGCAGAGAGGAAGGUGCUCUCAGACUGAUAGAUUAGAGGAGACAGACAAACUCGUAAUCCUUGGGGACUUGAAGAAAGUGGCUAGGGGAGGGGCUGUUAAAAGAAAAGGGACCAAUAAGAAAAACCAUGUAAAGGUAGCUCUUGAGGAGGAAAUGUACUUCUUGAGGGGAUAAAUUAGAGGGUACCAAGUUUAUGUUCUGGAGUGUACCCUGGGGAGGGCGCUGCCCGCUGGAUUGGUCCCGGUGGACUGAAAGGUGGUGCUCUCGAGUCAGGUGCUAAGUCCCGGAGAGAGCUGGGUGCCGCGGGGCUCAUGGUCUGUGCCUACUCAGGGAAAUGACUUAGGUUCUCCCAGGUGCUCUGUUGAUAAGGAUGGAAGCAGAACUACUUUGAGACACAAGCAACAAUUGGACGAGUUUUUUUAUAUGAACUGAAAUAGAUCUAAGAGAGCCCGGUUAACAGUUUCCUUUAAUGCCAGUUCAGAUUAAAUGGUUACUUUAGGAACCUGUGUUACUGUGUGAGCACCCACAGGAACAAGCAAACUUAUUUCCUACAAAUAAAUGAGGGGAUAAUAACUGAUCAGAGUCACAGUCGUUUCAAUAUAAACCCUUCCGAAAGCAAAAGCAGGGACCACAUGAGCACACAAGAAGCCAAAGUUUGUCAGUGAUCUUAAUAAAUUAAGACUGAGUAACAUCCUGCCUUUAGAAAAAAAUAACCCCGAGGUGGAGACCAGGGCAGGGGAGGUGGCGGAGAAGCAUCGGGCCAGAUCAACCGCUAAUAACAUGCUUCUGAGCUAUGUGGAUGUGUAAAUGAAAACACCCCCAACUAGGUAUUGUAGAGGCUGGAAAAAGAUGUGAUGGGAUUAUACAAGUGAUGCAUAUUUUUGUGUUGAGACUCAACAAUGUGCUACAAAUGUGAUACUUAACCCUGAACUGCAUGUAUUGGGGAUUGUUUUUUAAAAAGAAAAAAAACAACUUUGAAUCAAUAAAUUAACAGUUUUUCA